AUGGCAGCUGCAGGUCUCCAGAUUUUGGGCGUCUUUUUGGCAAUCGUUGGCUUUGUGGGCGAUGUCAUCAUCUGCGCUCUGCCCAUGUGGAAGGUGUCUGCGUUCAUCGGGAGCAACAUAGUGACGGCGCAGACCUUUUGGGAGGGCCUGUGGAUGACCUGUGUGAUGCAGAGCACCGGGCAGAUGCAGUGCAAGGUCUACGACUCCAUGCUGGCCCUCCCUAGUGAUCUGCAGGCAGCCCGGGCCCUCAUUGUGAUCUCCAUCCUCAUCGUCUUGAUGGGAAUCCUGCUUGCUGUCGUCGGAGGAAAAUGCACCAACUUCAUUGAAGAUGAAGAGACCAAGAGCAAGGUAGCCAUCGCUGCGGGCGUGUUCUUCAUCGUCGGUGGCAUCCUGUGCCUGAUCCCCGUGUGCUGGUCUGCACACGUGAUCAUCAGAAACUUCUACAACCCCAUGAUGACGGACGGCCAGAGGAGGGAGCUCGGAGCGUCUCUGUUCAUCGGUUGGGGAUCAGCAGGACUCUUGUUGAUUGGAGGGUCACUUCUCUGCUGCCAGUGUCCGCAGCGUAAAGAUGGCGGAUACUCGGCCAAAUAUUCUGCCCCACGCUCAGCGACUCAUGGAGGAGCCUAUGUUUAA